AUGGCCAGUAGAGAGACGCAGGAACUGAACGACAAGGUACGCUCUAAGUAUGAAAAAAUCGACAAGAUCGGUGAAGGUACCUUUGCCUCCGUAUUUCUGGCACGGGAUGCGGAAACUGGCGCCAAAGUAGCUAUCAAAAAGCUCAAAGUGGCUGCUGCUGGGACGCGUGACGGCAUUGAUAUUACGGCUAUGCGCGAGUUCAAAUUCCUCAAAGAACUUCAGCACCCUAAUAUUGUGGCCUUGCUGGAUGUAUUUUCAUCAGGAGCAUCCACACAAUCCAUUAAUCUUGUGCUUGAAUACCUCAACACAGAUCUAGAAGCUAUAAUCAAGGACCGCUCUCUACUGUUUCGAGAGAGCGAUAUCAAAAGCUGGAUGAAUAUGCUUUGUCGGGGUAUCGAAUACUGCCACAGGAAUUGGUGCCUUCAUCGCGAUUUAAAGCCUGGUAACUUGCUCGUAUCGCCUAGCGGUGAGCUCAAAAUUGCUGACUUUGGUUUGGCAAGAGAAUGCGGCGAUCCUGGUGCUCGGAUGACGUCACAGGUCGUGACACGUUGGUAUCGUGCUCCUGAGCUCUUGUUGGGCAGUCGAGCGUAUUCAGCUGCUGUUGACAUGUGGGCUGUGGGAUGCAUUUUUGCUGAACUCAUGCUUCGUACACCGUACCUACCAGGCGAAUCCGAUGCCGCUCAGCUUACCACUAUUUUCCGUGCUCUUGGUACGCCCACGAGUGCUGAUUGGCCUCAGCACCAGUCCCUUCCCCUCUACCGACCGUUUGAGCAAUUUCCCAAGCAAAACCUAUCUCUCUUAUUUACCGCUGCGUCGCCCGAAUCGCUUGACUUUUUGAGCCAAUGCCUGCGCUAUGAUCCACUUCGUCGGCUUCGCUCCUCCGAGGCGCUGCAGCACGACUACUUCCGUACAGGUGUUUUGCCUACAUCACCUGUUAACCUGCCCAGGCCCGCAUCGUCUAUACCAACUGCCACUGAAGCCAAGGAGGAAACUCUUCCUGUACCCCAAGACGCACCAACAACAGGCACCACCGCCGGCCAAAAGCGAACACUGACCGAAGAAGAGAUUGCCAAGCGUCGUCGCCUUGCACACCUAGUGGCAUUUUCAUAA